AUGAAUGAUAUAACGAAAGGAGAGCUCUAUCAUGAGCUCAAAAGGGAUCCAUUUGAAAUCCGCCUCAUCACUUUUGAGCCGAGCGAGCAAAUCGACGCAACCAUAUCGUUGCAGUUGUUUCAUCGCCCUCUCUCCUCAUCGCUUCCAUAUGCGACGCUAUCAUAUACUUGGGAUAGGCCAUCGCCCGACUUCCCCGAGAGCUGGGACAACCCCGAAUGCACGAAAAUCAUAUCCGUAAAUGGCAGGCCUUUUCCAGUCCGGAUGAAUCUCUGUUCAGCUCUGCUGCGGCUUCGUACUUUCAUGCCUGCGGGUAUACCUUGGUGGAUUGAUGCCAUUUGCAUUGAUCAGACCAACGUGGCUGAGAAGAACAUGGUCGUGCCUCAGAUGGGGAAAGUAUAUCUGGGAAGUCAAUGCACGAUUGUGUGGCUGGGAGAUGCAGAUUCGCAGACUCCUUUAGCUUUCUCUCACAUAUCACGAAUAUCGGCGUCGUGGGAGAACCGGAGCGACCACCUGAAGAUGAGAGAGGUGGAGCUGUUGACUGAUGAGCACCGGACUGAGUAUAUCGAUCGGCUGGAGGAAGAGUUCCCCGCCACGAGCGCGCAACAGUCUUGGGAUGCCAUCGAUAAUAUCUGGAAGAGAUCAUGGUGGCGUCGAUCAUGGAUUGUGCAAGAAGUCAGCCUUGCGUCCGGCGUUGUCCUCAUGUGUGGCCAUCACGCUGUAGGCUGGGACCACAUCUGCAACGUCGUUAGAGUCGUCCUCCAGCACAUCAUAUGUCUUCGCCAAAUCGCACAUCCUCUUAAAACCCUAGGCCAGGAAAUAGUCGAUCACUUCAUGACUACAUACCAACCCUUUGAUAAUCUCGAUGCAGCCAUGCGCAUGUACGCAGCCGAGUCACAGCUUGGUGGACUGCCAAACGAGCAUAUGUUGCUAUUGCUCGCCUACAUCCGGCAAACUAAGUGUAAAGAUCCUCGAGAUAAAAUAUAUUCAGCUCUAGGCAUGUUAUCGAACUCGCUCGGAAUUCAAGUCAAUUACAACCUUCCCACGGAAGAGAUAUAUACCAACCUAGCCUGUAUACACAUAUCACAAACCCAGAGCCUGAGCAUAUUCUCAUAUUGCACUGCCAGUCCUGCUUUGAUCAACGUUCCAACCUGGGUUCCCGACUGGACAGCUCCUCGAGACCGCAAUCCACUCGGUAUCCCUCAGCGCGGUAUCCGCGGUCUUGGCCCUAUACCUCUUACGCCAACUUACACCAUGUCUCUAGACUUGAAUUUGAGUGUCAGAUUCCAAGCUAACAACCGAAUACUCGCCGUACGUGCCUUGCCCAUGUUCGAGAUCGCAUUCGUGUCGAGUGAAUUCAGCGACACUCAACUCCUCUACAAAGGCCCCGAUUACCAAGACGAGCUGCGUGGCAUUCGCGAAUGGGCUGUGUUCCAUCAUGAUCAUUCCAUGGAGUUCGAAUACAUUGAGAAUAACAGUUGGCAGUACCGCCCAGAUGACGAUAUGGUGCAGUUCAAAACGCCGACGUAUAUACCUACAAACGAAUCGCUCCUCGGGGCUUACUUUCGAACACUAUGCGCUAAUCUGAUUUACGACCGACAGGCAAAAUGCGAGGUCGACCUCAGUGUGGAUGGUCUCACAGCUCCGGAAACGUCGUCGGAUUCACUUUUCGUGAGAAUGACAGGUAGAAAGCUGGCUGUUUCGACAGACGGCGUGCUGAUUCUAGCUCCUCCCACCACGGAACCAGGGGAUGUAUGUACAGUGGUUGCUGGUAGCGAAAUCCCGCUUAUAUUGAGGAAAGCCGGCGACAAUUACAGGUUGGUUGGACAGUGCUAUGCUCAUGGAUUUAUGGGGGAUGAAUUAUGGAAGCUCGUUCACGUAGAGGAUGAGUCUCAGAUAGGGGAGAUAUUUAUCAUCUGA